AUGUCGGCCCUUCGUGCUGCUGGUGCGUCCCGACCCGGAAUGGUCCAGUCCCUUCGGGCUGCCGUGUCCAGGCGUUCCUUUCACAAUGUUGGCGCCAUGAGAAUGGCUGCUGCCAAAUCGUUCCACAAGGAUGAACCGGCUGCGCCUAUCCUGAAGACCAGCGUACCUGGUCCCAAGGCAGCCGAGGCUGUCAAAGAGCUCGACCAGGUCUUUGAGACCCGAAGCAUCAACAUGAUGGCCGACUACACUCAGAGUGUGGGCAACUACAUUGCCGAUCCUGAUGGCAAUAUGCUUCUGGACGUAUAUGCCCAGAUUGCCUCCAUUCCGGUUGGGUACAACAACCCCGAGCUUCGAAAAGUUGCUCAGACCCCGGAAAUGGUUGAUGCCAUUAUCAACCGUCCGGCCCUGGGCAACUUCCCUUCCCACACUUGGGCUAAUAUCCUCAAGACUGGUAUCCUCAAGGUCGCACCCAAGGGCCUUGAUAAUGUCUACACUGCCAUGGCCGGUUCCGAUGCCAACGAAAUUGCCUACAAGGCUGCCUUCAUGUACAAGCGACAGACUGAGCGAGGUGGUCCCGAUGUCGACUUCACUCCUCAGGAGAUUGAGAGUGCCAUGAACAACCAGGCUCCUGGCUCCGCUCAGCUCUCUAUUCUGUCCUUCAAAACUAGUUUCCACGGCCGUCUGUUCGGCUGCUUGUCCACUACCCGCUCCAAGCCUAUUCACAAGCUGGAUAUUCCGGCCUUUGACUGGCCCCAGGCGACCUUCCCCCAGCUUAAAUACCCUCUCGACCAGCACGCUGAAGAGAAUGCCAAGGCUGAACAAGCCAGCUUGGAUGAGGUUGAGCACCUGAUCAAGACCUGGCACCUUCCCCCUGCUGCUGUCGUCAUUGAGCCUAUUCAGAGCGAGGGUGGUGACAACCAUGCUAGCCCAGCUUUCUUCCAGAAGUUGCGCGCUCUGACCCGCAAGCACAAUGUUCUCCUGAUUGUCGACGAGGUUCAGACUGGUGUUGGCGCCACCGGCAAAUUCUGGGCUCACGAGCACUGGAACCUCCAGGACCCGCCAGACAUGGUUACCUUCUCUAAAAAGGCUCAGACUGCUGGUUAUUACUACCGCUCCAAGGAACUGCGUCCCAACAAGCCUUACCGUCAAUUCAACACCUGGAUGGGUGACCCAUCCAAAGCCUUGCUCUUCCGCGGCAUAAUUGGCGAAAUCGAGCGCCUCGACCUCGUGAACCACACCGCCAAGGUCGGUAACUACCUGUAUGGCAAGCUUGAGGGCCUCGCUAGCAAGUAUCCCGAACACUUCCAGAACCUGCGCGGCAAGGGCCAGGGUACCUUCAUUGCAUUCGACCACCCCAAGCGUGACGAGUUCCUUGUCAAGGCCAAGACCUUCGGUAUCAACAUCGGUGGCAGCGGUGCCAAUGCUGUUCGACUUCGCCCCAUGCUUACCUUCCAGGAGCACCACGCCGAUAUUCUGAUUGAAGCUCUUGAGAAGAUCGUCAAGGCCCUGUAA